UUGCGACGGAGAGUAACAAAAAUCAAGUAUGAUAAAAAAACAACUUUUGACUGUUUAUUAGCAACAAAAAUGGCUUCCACGUUUGUUGUUUAUCCAAACGAAGCUGAGCUUAUGAUAAAGGAAAUGAAAAGUGGUUCUUUAGAUCAAGUUGGAAGUAACAAAUGGUGGAAGACACAUGAGUUAAUUCAAAAGUUGAACAUGCAGGCUGUAUUAAAUGUAUCUUCUUGUGCUGAUGAGUUUGUUAAAGAUUUCCUAGUUUCCUACAAUAAGAUGAUAAUCUUGAUUUAUGAUCUAAUCAAGUCAGAAGUGUGGACAGAAAAAGUGUUUCCUUAUCUUAAAUCUUCUAAUUCAAGUAUGUCUGUUUAUAUGACUCUGUUUCAUGAAGUCACUGUUUUAGGUUUACUUGAAACAUCCUUAUUUUACAAGGAAUGCUGCGAAUCAGCAGGAGAUGCACUAGUUGAUUUGGUUGACUACAUUCAACGAAAAAUUACUAACCUUCUUUUAAAAUACCUUGAUGGAAAAAAAGUUGAAGAAACAAUUAAUGAUGAUCUGGAAAAUCAAAAUAAUGAUAUUCAGUUUACAAUACAAAUGAAAGUCAUUUCAAUUCUUAGAUAUAUAUCUGAUCAUAUAGAUAUAGUCCCUCUAAGUGUGUUAAAUAGAAUUUUGGAUAAAUAUGAUAUGCCAUGUAUGUUAGUACAACUUAUCGAAAACUCCCCAUGGAAAAGAAUAAAUAAUUCAGGAAAUUAUCAAUUAUUUACUGACAAUAAAUGGUGUAAUGUUGCAGAAGAUGAAAAACACAUUGUCAGUAAAAUGGAAGGACAAGUAUGGAUAACUCUUUAUCAACUUUUAUUGCAUCCUGAAUGUCAAAGAAAGUAUGAUUUCAAUGUUUAUAGAAAGUCCCAAAUAUUAAAGUUGCGUCGUCAUUUAAAUGAAGUUGUUCUUGAACAGAUAAGUUUUUUAAAAGAUUUUCAACGCUUUAUAGAAAUGUUGUCUGUAAUGAAUCCACCGCAAAUUAAAGAAUGUCUGAUACUUGAACAAAUUCCAACAAUUCGUUUAAAAAUUGAGUCAGAUUAUAAAGAUAAAUGGAAGAAAAUAGCUCAAGACCAAGCUUUAAAUUAUUACACGUUGACUAACGAACAAAUGAAAGAGCGCGCUCAAAGCCUUUCAACAACCUACAACAUUGAUCUUUUAGAAAAUUUAAUUAAUGAACCGCCUUCUUGUGCUUAUUGUCAUGGUGAAGCUAUGAAGAGGUGCUCAAGAUGUCAAAACGAAUGGUAUUGUUCCAGACCGUGCCAAGUAAGUCACUGGAAUAAACAUAAAGAGUUAUGCAAUAUGAUGGCAGCAAAUGCUCAAAAAUGAUCGAUAAAGAACAUAUAUUUGCCGAUGCUUGAAAGUUUAAAGUCCAGGAUAAUUUGUAGAAAAAUAAUUAAAUAUAAAAUAAAUGAUGUGUGAAUUAGAUUAAACGAGUAAAAGCUUUUAA